AUGGUUCACUUCAGGGAUGCAGUCGACGUUAAUUAUCAGCGAAUGGCAAUUACCGGCGAGGAGCUGUCGGGAGUACCGCUGGAGGAUCUCAAGGAUGCAGCGUCACAUCUGAUCGAAGCGCUACAUAUGCGGAACGACUACAUGGAAAAGAUUGGGAAUCAGUUCCCCAUAACAACGAAGCGCUUUCUUAGCGGAGAAUAUCCGAGAAACCUGCCCAAAUUUCGGCGAAAAAACACUGAGCUAACUGCCAAUACUUCGUUCAAUCCGCCGGAACCACCGAAAGAUCACUGGGGACUUAACACACCAUUGCCGACGUUUUCGACA